AUCAAAGCAACCUUGAGUGUAGCAUAGAGACCGCGCGCAAAUUUUAUUGUUUGCGCCUACAACCGUGGCAUUAUAAACAGUUUGGUGCCUAUCAACUGCCAGUUUAUCAUUAGACGCAGUGGUGGUCGCACGUUUGUGUGGUAAAUAAAGAUGCCGAAGGUCGUAUUCUCGUACUUCCCCGUGAAGGCUCUGGGCGAGGGCCCUCGGCUGCUGCUGGCGUAUGGAGGCCAGGACUUCGAAGACAAGCGGAUCCCCAGCGAACAGUGGCCCGAGUACAAACCCAAGACCCCGUUCGGCCAGAUGCCCGUGAUGGAGAUCGAUGGUAAGCAGUACGCGCAGAGCCUGGCUAUCGCGCGCUACCUUGGCCGCAAGUACGGCGUCGCGGGCGCAGACAUCGAGCAGGACUUUGAGAUCGAUCAGAACGUAGAGUUCCUUAAUGAUAUCCGUGCCAAGGCCGCGACUGUCCAGUAUGAGCCUGAUGAGGUGAUUAAGGCGAAGAAACACGAGGAUUUCUCCAAAAACGUAUACCCCACCUUGCUGGACAAACUCGACGAGAUCAUCAAAAAGAAUAACGGACAUAUCGCGUGUGGAAAGUUGACCUGGGGUGACUUCGUGUUUGCGGGCAUGUACGACUACCUGAAGGUGAUGCUUCAGAUGCCCGACCUAGACAACAAGUAUCCCAGCUUCAAGAAACUGCAGGAUUCCGUCCUCACCCUGCCCAAGGUCAAGGAGUACGUUGCUAAGGCACCCAAGGCUGAUUACUAAUAAAAAAAAACUACUGGCAAAAUAGUAGAACUUGACUUUUGAUCUCUGGCAACACUUGUAUGAGAAAAAUAAUGUAACCUUUUUGAAGUCUGUUAAAAACACGUUAAAAGAAACGGUUUGACAAUGAAUAUAAUAAUGUUGCCAUUUCACAGUGCCUUCAAUUAAUUUCUACUUUUUUGCCAAAUACUUACUCAUAAGUUCAAGUAUGGAAUUGAUAAUUUUAAUUACUGAAUGUCUAUUUUUGUGACCGUUUUUUAAAUGUUGAUUUCGAAUACGACGGAAGAGCUUUACAAAUUAAUAUUAUAAUAUAAUAAAUGCGAAUAAUACAACAAAAUAUAUCGUUAAACGAUCGUUUUGUAAGGUAACAGUAACUACCAUAAUAAUAUGAUGUCACAAAUUAUCUAUAAGAUUUAUAAUUUU